AUGAUCACCGACGCCAUCGUGGUGUCUAAACCCGGGGCACCCUUCCAGUACCAACAGCUCGAGCUCCACGAUAACCUCCGGCCAGAUGAGGUUCUCGUCCGCAUCAAGGCCACCGGCGUAUGUCGCACAGACCUCAAUUUCUCAAAGGAGAAGACCAUGCCGGAGCUGUUUCCAGCCGUCCUGGGCCACGAGGGUGCAGGUGUCGUUGAGCGCACAGGAUCCAAUGUUACGAGAUUCGUGAAAGGGGAUCACGUCACGGUCGUCUUCAGCUCUUGUGGGGAGUGCAAGUACUGUCUGCGAAAGCAAACAUCGUACUGCGAUCUGUGGUUUCAGUACAACCUCGGAAUUGGACGGCUGGACGGAUCAAAAGUCUUUUCAAGCCUGAGUACUGGGAGACCCAUCACGAGUCAUUUCUUCGGACAGAGCAGCUUCGCAAGACACAUCCUGGUCUCUCAGAGUGGACUCGUGAAAGUUGACAGAGGCUUGUCCUUUGAGAUGGCCGCGGCUCUAGGUUGCGGAGUCAUGACGGGCGCUGGAGCAAUGUUGAACGUGCUCGAUCCAACUUCGGACCUGACAGUUGCGGUUGUAGGUGUCGGAGCCGUGGGCUUGUCCGCAAUCAUGGCAUUGAAGAUGCUCAAGACGCCGCCCAGGAAGAUCAUCGCCGUGGACAUCGUCCCUGCGAGGUUAGAGCUGGCUCGCUCAUUUGGCGCAACCCACGGCGUCAAUUCCCAAGUACGACCCGAGCUCAUGAAAGUCCUCUGGGAUAUCACAAACGGGCGAGGUGUGGACGGUGCAAUAGACACCACAGGAAAGCCCCAGGUGAUCCAGGAACUGGUGCACAGUGCUGCAAGAAAGGGGAAGGUGGUGACAGUGGGUGUCGAAGAUCUGUUGGCAGAACCGUCGUUGAACGUUUUCGAAAUGGUGAAUGCGGGCUGUACCUACAUUGGCUGCAAUCAGGGAGACUGCUAUCCUCCAGAGUUUCUACCUAGACUUUUGGCCGCACACUACGAAGGGCUGUUUCCCUAUGACCAACUCAUCAAGACAUAUAGCGCCAAGGAUAUCGAGAAGGCUGCCCGCGAUGUACUCAGUGGUGACACUGUCAAGGCGGUCUUGCUGUGGGACUGA